GAGCUAGAUGGGUGCCUCUGUGGUCGUGUGACUUCGACAACAAAGCGGACGCCAAACAGGCUCACGCCUUCCGUGGAUCACGUGACACCACCACAUGGGUUGAUGUCGACCUGGAGCAGUGUUACACCGUUGACAAGGAGGUGAGUGUGGAGGUGAACAUUCCACCAAAUUUCAGCAAGUUUCGAGCUGGCAGAGACAACAGCCUGAGCUUGAAUAAGGUCAAGGGUCAAGUGUUCAAGGAAGUGCUUACCUGGGAGGUCAACUCACAGGUGGAGGUAUUGCCAGGAUGGCGUGCGCAUGCACAGCUCCUGGCCAGAGAGGAAUGCAGCUCUAUUGAAUUUGAGAUCCGAACCACCCUCUAUAAUCCAAAGGGUAUCGUGCCUGUGACGUUUGUUCGCAAGUCCGACAAACGGGUCGCCUACACGGUGGAGAUAGACGACUUCAGGGAAGCCUUCAGACUGGUUGCCGACGGCGGAGUACUCACUCCUGAAGAAAAGUCGUGUGUGGAGGUGAUGAUGACACACACUGUCAACUCCCUGGGCCUGGGGACCUCUGCGGCGUUCCCUCAGAUCAUCACCAAAGGCUCCUGCGUCUGUCUGAGCUGGAGUGACCAGAAAGUGGACAUCAAAACGUCACCCCUCUCUGGGGAGGAGUCCUCGCAUGAUGGCGACAGAAAGAAAGCCCCAGUAACGCAGAACAGCAUCUCGGAACACAAGUUCACCAUCAAGUCUUACUAGAAGUGACCGCAUUUUGACUAUCACGUCACGCCUUACAAAUGUGUGGCAUCGUAGUGAAAUCAGGCGCUCGUUAAUUAAAAUAAUGUAAUCAAAGAAACAGGCAUUUUCCGGCCCUUUGGGCAAUAUAUAUUUGAAUUUUCUGUUGGCUCAACAUUUUUUGGGUGGAUUUUUAUUGAAAAACGUUAUUUUACCUGGGACGCCAAGGGACCCCUACCUCCUUCAAUCACAAGUAUCUCAAUUUCUACUCAAGAUAGAUAAGUAUUAUUUUUCCUAAAAAGUAAUUCAAAUCAGCAAGCUUUUAGAGGAUACCAAUAAAUCCAUAUACGCCCAAACUGACUAGCGCCCGAUUCCACCGCGUCGUGACACAAAUAAACACUACGUGGUCAUAAUGCUGUACUUAUGACCGAGCUUACGGUGAAGGCUUGCUGAUGACAGUGAGUGAUUGAGAGAGAGAGAGAGAGAGAGAGAGAGAGAGAGAGAGAGAGAGAGAGAGAGAGAGAGAGAGAGAGAGAGAGAGAGAGAGAGAGAGAGAGAGAGAGAGAGAGAGAGAGAUUCAUUUUUGUGCCUUUGUUAAACUAUUCUUAGUUAGACCAAUAUUAUCUCGGGUGUACCUAAAUUGCAGCUUGUAGGUCACAUGAAGAUUAUUGUCCUUUAUUGGCGUGAACGAGCAUGGACUACGAGUUUGUGAGCAAAAUAUGAAACGUUUUAAGAUAAUUAUCAACCAAUCGCAAAGAAAAAGAUACAUGUACAUGUACCUCUCUUAUUUGACAAACCACAUUAUGGCUUCAUGAGUAUGUUCAAUUUAAUUUAUUGUUAUUUUUACACCUAGGAAUUCCUGUCCAAAUUAAUAUAAUUCGAUGCCUUUGACGUUGUUUUGAUACUCCUUUAAAAUCAAAUUCGACCCAGAUGUGUUCCAAAUGAUAUAUAUAUGUGAUGAUCAUACAGUGUCCAUCAACUUUCCUCUUUUACUGUUGAGCUGAUACAUCUGAGAUCUGUUCUAUUUGUCUUAAAAAUGAAUAAUUUGAGUCUCUCUGAGUCCUAAAAUAUGGAGACUUUCUGAAAAUAUCUAUCGACGUCAUAAUUUUUCCUGCCCAGCUCUAAAACUGACAACAACAACAACAGAAGCAACAACAACAACAACAACAGCAGCAGCAACAACAAGAACAACACCAACAAAAACAAAAACAACAAUAACAAUAAUAGCACUCAAAUAAUGACAAACCUGCAUGAUCUUUCGUUAUUUAUUGCCAUUUUUAUGACGAGGGUUAUAGCAUAGCCGUUGUUUUUUAUUUCAUUAAAAUAGAUGGGACCUUUUAACUUUCGACCUACAAUAUAAAGGCUGUUUCGCGCAACCACAUAUUUUCUCUUUCUGUCUAAUGUUUUUUGUUGUUGUUGCUUUAGGCAAAAUGUUUAUCUCACAAACCCCACUCAUGCACUGAAAUACGUGUAUAUUAAACCCUCCGAGUUUAUUUCGAGCACUGAGGGUAACACCCCAAAAAA